AUGAUUGAGCUAGGAUUGAGCCGCGUCUCGAGUCUCCUUCAACAGAGCUCGUUGACGUGGAAGGCUGUUCACAUUGCAGGCACUAACGGGAAAGGCUCGAUCAGUGCCUAUCUCUCCCACCUACUGUCAGCCGAAGGUGUUCGAUGCGGCCGCUUUACCUCCCCACACCUAAUCGAUCGGUGGGAUUGCAUUACAGUUGGCGAACGGGUUGUUCAGGAAUCGCUGUUCCGACAGAUCGAAGACCAAGUGAAGCUCCGAGACCAAAAGUUGGGCAUUGGCGCAUCCGAGUUCGAGCUCUUGACCGCAACAGCAUUCGAGAUCUUCAACCAUGAAAGGGUCGAAGUCGGCGUCAUCGAGGUGGGAAUGGGUGGUCGCCUAGAUGCCACCAACAUAUUGAGCGAUGUUCUGGUCUCCGUCAUUGCCAAGAUUGGAAUGGACCACCAGGCGUUCCUUGGAUCUACAAUUGAGGAGAUAGCUCGGGAGAAAGCGGGGAUAUUAAAGCCUGGAGUGCCUUGCGUGGUGGACGAUACCAAUGAAGCAGCCGUAUUGGGGGCAUUGUCAACCCAGAUCCAAGAAUUGGGUAUCGAUGCGACAUUUGUCUCCCCAGAUAAAGCAGAGGAGCAGCUCCCACCGCUGGCACAGCUGUUCCGAAAGAUGGACCUUGAACCUCAUCAGAAGGAAAACAUGUGUAGUGCGGUGACCGCACUACGAAUCGCCCUCUCCAAGAUUCGGCCUGAGGCCGACGCAUACUCCUUGCUUUCUCAUUUGAGAGAUGUCAAGUGGCCCGGUCGCUUAGAACAGAUUUCUCUUCAGCCUCUGGUACUUCGCGAACAGCCAGUUUUGCUUGACGGUGCCCACAACCCACAGUCGGCUGAUGUGUUAGGCCGGUACGUUGACCGCAAACUGCGCCCAGAGGCUGAGGCUGGGGUGACCUGGGUGAUUGCCGCGUCGAGUGGAAAAGACCUCGCUGGAACUUUCCGCUCGAUCAUUCGACCAGGAGACAGUGUUGCAACAGCUGAAUUCGGCCCUGUGGAUGGAAUGCCUUGGGUGAAGCCGACCAACGCAAUUGAACUCGCAUCAGCUAUACAGGUGAUUCCCGAGAUCGGACGGGUGAAGAGCUUUGAAGGAGAUUUACUACCUGCACUUAAGUGGGCCAGUACAAUCUCUCAAGGCCGACCGCUUGUCAUAGCCGGCAGUCUGUACCUGGUCUCUGAUGUGCACCGUUUGCUCCGUGAUGCGCGCCAAUGA